AUGGAUCCUCAAAACCGCACCAUUGGAGAGUUUGACUCACUAGACAUCUUUUUCACAAACCGCCAACCUAUAUGCCCUCCACGACCUACUGGAGAGUUCAAGAUAAGCUCUAAACUCAUUGCUUUGGUUGAGAAGCAUCAGUUUCGUGGCCUAGAGGAAGAGCAGCCCAUUGAUCAUAUUGAGAAGUUUGAAGAAAUCUGCGCUACAAGGAGAUGUAGUGGAGUUUCUGAGGAUUACUUGAAGUGUACUUUAUUCUCUUUCUCUUUGGUUGAGAAGGCAUACAAAUGGAUGAGGGCUCUUCCAGCAGGAUCAAUCACUACUUGGGAUGAAUACAAGAGAGCUUUCUUGAAGAAUUUCUACCCAAAAGAGAGAUUAAAAUGGAUGAGAAGAAGAAUCUCAGAAUUUCGACAUGAGGCACAUGAAUCAUUCUUUGAGGCUGUUUCACGGUUCAAGGAGUACAAGAGAGAGUGCCCUCACCAUGGUUUUACAGAGAUUGCUUUGCUAAACUUCUUCUAUCAACGAGUUGAUGAGAAAUUCAAGAUGGCCCUCAACAUCGCAAGUCAAGGGGACUUCAUGACUAAUACAGUUGCUCAAGCCAAUACUCUCAUUGAUAACUUGGCUGCAAGCAACAAAUAUUCUUGCUUGGAAAAAACGUGGAGCACAUCAAGCCAAGUUCAGACUAUUCAGAAAUCCUUGAGCUGA